AUCACGUUUGAAUUUUUAAGGUUACCUUUAUAUUUUGCUAAAAAAAAAAUACUUGUAAACGUAAUUUACUUAUUUAAUAAACUUCUAAUAUGUCGAAGAAAAUCAAAUCUAUAAAAUGGCAAACAGUAGCGCUUGAGGGCUUUCCUAUUGCUAAUUCUGACAAAUUCGAAGGAUUCGUGGGCUUAGAAGAAUGCACCGACUACGGCAUGGACAAGGGAAGCAAAACACCUAAAAAGAAUAAAUCCCCAAAGAAAAGAAAGGCGUCUGAACACAAAAACAUAGAAAAAGAGAAUGCUGUGCCAAAUAAGAAAAUCAAGCUCAGUAAUGGUUUUAUAGUAGAAUCUUGUGAAACUGUAACUCCAUCCUUAACAAAUGAUGUUGAAAAGCCCAAGAAAAGAAAUAAAAAACGAAAAAAUAAAAAGGAUAAGAAAAACUCUACUGUGGAACAAAAGCCAGAUAAUGAUACAAAGAAUGAGAAAAUUCAAAGAAAACCCAACGAUUCAAAGAAGCAAAAAAUAAAAUUGGGUGAAACUCAAAAUGAAAGUAAUACCACAUUAACUCCGGAAGAUAUGCUGUCAUGGGCUGAGUUUAAAUUACCCGAAGAAAUAAUAAAAGCGUUGAUGGAAUUAGGUUUCAAACAACCAACUAAAAUACAGCAGUUGUCACUACCAGCUGCUAUUCAUGGUAGGCGAGAUAUAUUAGGUGCAGCUGAAACUGGUAGUGGAAAAACAUUAGCAUUUGGUCUUCCAAUAUUAACGGGCAUACUAAAGCUAAAAGAAAAAGCAUCACUCAAAAAUCUAGAUGUAUAUGAUAUACCAUUUAAAAAGCCUUCAGCUAAAAAACAAGCCACAACCGAAGAUAAGGAUAAAUAUAAGCAGAAGAGAAAAGGAAAUAAGAAAAAAGAUUUACAGGAGCAAAAGGAAAAUAAUAAAGAUUCUUCUGAAGACGGUUAUGGCAGCGGCCAUGAUAGCAAUGAAGACAGUGCUGAAGAAAAUGAUGCUACUAAUGAAGGUGUUGGCGAUAUGAAUGAUUACACUAAUGAAGGUAAUGACAGCGGUGAUGACAAUAAUGACAGUGAAGCAGAUAAUGAUUCAAGUGAUGACUUCAUUGAAGAAAUAGAUGUGCCACUAAAGAAAAAAAGAGAGGAAUCAGCAGAUGAAGGCAAUGACAGUGAUAGUGAAUAUGUACAUUUGUCUGAAAUGUUGGAUUCUGAUGAUUUAGCGUCUAGUGAUGCUGAAGGUGAUGAUGAAGAUGAUGAUAAUUUGAGUAAUGAUGAACAGGAUUGUGUUGUUGAGGUGGAUGCUGAAAGAACAGGGAUGGGUUGUGUGAAAGUACUAGAUGAUGUUGAUAUGCCCAGUCAGGCGAUUGUCAAAACAGGCAAGCCAUUGUAUGCGUUGAUUUUGACUCCCACUCGAGAGCUGGCUAUCCAGAUCAGCAGGCAUUUGAUUGCAGUUGCUAAAUAUACUGGUAUAAAAGUGGCCACCAUAGUGGGCGGUAUGGCGGCAGUUAAGCAAGAGAGGGUGCUCCGUUCAGGCCCGGAGAUUGUCGUUGCGACUCCGGGCAGGUUGUGGGAGUUGGUUAACUCGGGUGAGCCUCACUUGCAACAGCUGGCGUCUGUUAAGUUCCUAGCCAUAGACGAAACGGAUCGUAUGGUGGAGAGGGGUCACUUCGAAGAGUUAGAACCGCUGCUGGAACGGUUGAACGUGGACGAGGCUCACAUGAACUCAAGGCAGAACUUCGUGUUUUCGGCCACACUCACUAUGAUACACGAUUUGCCGUCGCAUAUGAAGGGGAAGAAGGUAACAAAACGGGGCAAGAUAAUAAAUCGUAAAGUAGAGAAGAUGACGGCGCAGCAGAAGAUCAAGCGUCUCGUCACUAUGGUGGGAAUGUCCGACCCGAAAGUUGUCGAUAUUACUGCGCAGAAUUUCGGUACAGCGGAAACGUUGACUGAAUGUAGGAUCGCGUGUUCGCUGGACCAGAAGGACGCGUAUGUGUAUUAUAUAUUGAAGAGGCACCCCGGUAGAACUAUUGUGUUUUGUAACUCCAUUAAUAGUGUCAAAAGAUUGGCCCAAAUUCUGACGUUACUGAAAUGUCAUCCGCUUCCACUGCACGCCAGUAUGCAGCAGAGACAGAGGUUGAAGAAUCUUGAAAGGUUCCGCGACGAUCCGCAAGGCGUGCUGAUUGCGACGGACGUGGCGGCGCGAGGCUUGGACAUUCCUAACGUGGAUCACGUCAUACACUAUCAAGUGCCUAAAACUGCUGAGAAUUACGUACAUCGCAGCGGCCGCACGGCGCGCGCGCACAAGGAGGGCCUGACCAUUCUCAUGAUGGAACCGGCGGAGGCGUACAGCUAUGCGAAAUUGUGUCGGACUUUGAAUAAAACCUCCGAGCUGGCCACGUUCCCAGUGGCCGGCGAGAGCAUUGCAGUACUGAAGGACAUGAUGAAGCUGGCGCGCGAGAUCGAGUCGCUGGAGCUGCGCCGGCGCCGCGCGUGCGCCGCCGCCGGCUGGCGCGAGCGGGCGGCCAGCGAGAUGGACAUGAUCAUCGAUGAAGAUGAUGUUCCGCUAACAAAAAUGGAUCCAGGCAUAGACAAAGCGCUGCAGGCUAAGAAGAGGCAGUUAGACGCACUAAUGUCUAGACCUUUAUUCCCAAAGGGUUUCUCAUUCAAGUACCCCACAUUGAAUGAACCUAAUGCGUUACAACCAGUCUGCGAAGAAAACGCGUUACAGGUAAUGAAGAAAGCAUUACAAACGGGUGUACUGAAAAAGGAUAAGAGGAAAGGAAAAAACCAAUCACUGUUGCAAUUAGAAAAGGAAUUCAAAAAGAAUAAAUGAUUAUUAUUAUAGUAUA